GUCUCUCAGUUCUCGGUUACACACACAUGCGCGUCCGCAAGACAACUCGGGUUUUCCGGGGAUGGAAUACACGGAUAUACGGAAAUGGCUGCUCUAACAUCUACGCCCUUCUUCUGGUUUGGUUACUUGUUUGUUGUCCUGUUUGUGUCUGCAGACCAGAAAAACAUACCAGCUAAGUCUGGACAGGACGUCACUCUGCCAUGUCGAGCUCCAAACAACAACAACAAACCUAUCAUAAUUGCAGAGUGGAGCAGAGCUGACUUGGACACAGAAUAUGUCCUUUUGUAUCGGGGUGAGCAAUUUGUUCCAGACAACCAGCAUCCAUCUUUUAAGAACCGGGUGGAUCUGCAGGACAGACAGAUGAAGGAUGGAGACGUGUCUUUGAUUCUGCAGAAUGUGAUGACUGCUGAUAGUGGGAUGUACAAGUGUCGUGCAUUUUUGAGUCAAACACGAUCGUGGGAAUCCAUCAACAACAUCACCCUGAGUGUUGUUCCUCCAGGUGAGUGAGUAGAGUUGAGUGUGUGUGUGAUCAGAGGUGAAGCUGCUUCCUGGUUGUUGAUGUUUGUUU